AUGGAUCCCUACGACAGCGACUCCAGUGCCGAUGAGGACUUUACCGAUACCGGUGUGCUUCUCGGUUACUCUGCCGAUGAAGUUAUCGAAGACACCGUCAGCCACCUGGGUGGUUGGCCGAAAUGGCUCGAAGAAAACGUUCCUCCACCAGGCGACUUUGCCAAUUGCAAAGUUUGCAACAGUCCUAUGAACCUACUCCUCGAACUUCACGGAGACCUGCCCGACCAUUUCUCCCACAAUGAGCGUCGUCUAUACCUAUUCGGUUGCCCCAGAAAACCAUGCAAUCGCAAGCCAGGAAGCAUUCGAGCUUACCGAGCAGCUCGUAGAGUCGACCUCGACCCUAUACCUCAACAGGAGGAAGAUGAAACCAGUGAGGCACCCGCCCCGGUUCCCCAAAAGCCCAAGGCAGAUUUAGGAGCAAGUCUAUUCGGAGCGACCUCGCUCACGAACAGCGUCUCUGCAAACGCCAAUCCUUUUUCCUCAACCCCCUCUGCGUCUGCAGGUGGUAAUCCAUUUGCCAUGCCCAAACCAGCAGUACCAGCUGCGCAAAAAUCUGCGAACGCGCUCGCUGAAUCCUUCGCUGACAAAGUCCGCAUCUCGUCCCCAGACUCAUCGAAUGCACCAAAAACACCUUUCAAGCCAACGCCCGAGUCACAAGGUCCCGGUGCCCCGUGGCCAGCUAAAUCCGCUUUCCCAGCACCAUACCAGAACUUUUUCCUUGACGCUGAGUACGAGACUCUCUCUCAGCCACCAACACCUACAGUCCCAGACAAUGUACAAAUGGAGCCAAUGGAUGAAGACGGAAGCGGCGGCGCUGAUUUGAAAGAUGCAUUUGAGUCUGAAAUGGACAAGGCCUUCAUGAAGUUCUCUACCCGCCUUGCGCAUAACCCUGAGCAGGUCCUGCGCUACGAGUACCGUGGUACACCACUUCUUUCUUCGUAUGCGGACCAGGUUGGCAAGCUUUUACAUCCCGAGCACUCUGCUGGUCGAGUUACUACGACUGGUGGUGGACACAUGCCCCGGUGUGAGUACUGUGGUGCUACGCGGGUGUUUGAAUUUCAACUUGUGCCGCACGCUAUCAGUGUGCUUGAGGAUGGACGGGAAGGUGUUGGUCUUGGAAAGGAUGAUGCGGGUAUGGAGUGGAGUACGAUUGUGAUGGGUGUUUGUGGUAAAGACUGUGUGCCCGAGACACUUGCGCAGACUGGGUGGAGAGAGGAGUGGGCUGGUGUACAGUGGGAAGAGAUGAAAUAG